GGAAAGAAGAAUAGGAAUUCCUCACGGCCCAAUAGGUGCAUUUCAAUUCUAAGCUUCUAUUCCUAAUCGAAGCUUCGAGCUUGCCCCUUCUCCUCAACCUCUGCUUCUCCGGAAGGCUUAGGUCCCCAAAUUUAGUUGCAAAUCCUACUAAAUCUCUGCUAAAUCUCAGAUCUAAACGUUAAGAUAUCUCCUUUCCGUGUUUUUGUCGCCUGUCUCGCCUUUUCUUGUGUGCAGCCUUUGCUUUCCCCUUCCACAGUACAAAGAGUUACAAACAAACAACACAGAGAGAGGGAGUAUUUAGUGCCGAAAUGGGGUGAGAUUGGAUGAGAAAAGCAGCUGGGAAUUGAUCAUUCACAGCUGCUUGUUAGAGGCGGCUUCGUUUAUUGUGCGUGGUAUGGUUUCUUCCUCCUAAACGUCGCAGUUUUAUAGCUUCUUCCUUUUAAAGAUCGGAUAUGAUUUUCUUGCGAUUUUGGGCUUAUGGGUCUUAAAGAUCUUUGCUUCAUCGGAUUCAGUACCAAUAUUCGUUGUCAAUUAGGAGUUUCUAGCUAUAAAAGAGAACUUUUGGGAGUUUUUCGGAGGAGGCUUACUUCACUCAAUUAUUGUUGUUAAUUGUUAUUCAAUCCCUCAGCCAAUUUCUUUUCCUGAAGCAGCAGCUUGAAGUGUUUUCUGAAUGAGAAACUGAGGAUGCUGCCAAUUCUUUCCUGACUUCAAAUUAGGUUUAAUUGUUGCAAGGAUCGAGUUCUCACAGGAUCAGAACUGAUAGUAGUGGUUUGCCUGCUUGGAUUCAUGGCAACUCUGCGACAUGGUGAAUCAAGACAGCUGUACUCAUGGUGGUGGGGCAGUCAUAUCAGCCCAAAGAACUCCAAAUGGCUUCAGGAAAAUCUUACAGAUAUGGACAUGAAGGUCAAGGCAAUGAUCAAACUCAUAGAAGAAGAUGCUGAUUCUUUUGCAAGGAGAGCAGAGAUGUACUACAAAAAACGGCCUGAGCUUAUGAAACUGGUGGAGGAGUUCUACCGAGCAUACCGUGCUUUAGCUGAAAGAUAUGAUCAUGCAACUGGGGCACUCCGCCAGGCUCACCGAACAAUGGCAGAAGCAUUCCCCAACCAAGUCCCAUUGGUGUUGCUUGAUGAGUCACCUUCUGGUUCAUCUGGCACGGAGGUGGAGCCUCAAACACCUGAAAUGCCUGCACCCAUUCGAGCAUCAUUAGAUCCAGAAGACUUACAGAAGGAUGCACUGGGUGUAUCGUCACAUUUUCAUGCCAUUAAAAGAAAUGGGGCUUAUUCUGGAGAAGGUGAUGCAUUAUCAAGCCAAAAAGGUUUGAAGCAGUUGAACGAGAUGUUUGCAACUGGGGAAGGAGCAGCCCAUACAAAUUUAUCUGAAGGAAGAGUAGGAAGAGGCCUGAACUUCCAUGAAGAAGAGGGAAAAGUUUAUGAGCAUAAAUCACAUAGUGGGUCAGGAGAUCUUGAAAAACGAGAAGUUGAGGAGAAAGAGGAUUCAAGUGAUGACAUGAAGAAUCUGCAUGAAGAAAUAUCACGGUUAUCAACAGAGAUCCAAAAUCUGAGAAACCAAAUAACAUCAGCAUCUGAAUGUGAUAAUAAAGCUCAAAAUGAAAUCGAAAGUUUAAAGGACAGUCUCUCUAAAUUAAACUCUGAGAAAAAUGCUACCUUUCUUCAAUACCAGUUAUCUCUUGAAAGAAUAUCAAGUCUGGAGUCCGAAAUCUCCAACAGACAAAAAGAAUUUAAAAAGCUUAGUGAUGAGAUGAUGAGGGAAGUCAUGAAGCUAAGGAGUGCUGAAGAACUUAGCCAAUCUCUGCAGUUGGAGCUGGGCAUGUUAGAACAGAAAGAGAAGGUGCAGCAGCAAGAACUUAAUCAAAAGCAAGAAGAGUUGGAAAAACUUAUCAUUUCCUUAGAAGAUGUACAAAAGCGAUGCGCGAAGGCUGAAAUGGCUCUGCAGUCCAGGGAGAAACUGCACUCCGAAUCUCAGGAGGAGGUGAAGCUUUUGGGCUUGGAGAUUCAAAAGGUGAUUGAGAAGUUGAAGGACAUGGAAUAUAGCAAUGUAGGUUUAGAGGAAGAAGUUCACAGGCUUAAGGAUGAGCAUGACAGCCUAAAUGAACAAAAUCUCUCUUCUGCAAUGAGGAUAAAAGAUCUUCAGGAUGAAAUAAUUACCUUAACGGAAACAAAGAGGACACUUGAGAUAGCUCUUCAAUCCAUGGAGAAACUACACUCCCAAUCUCAGGACGAUGUGAAGCUUUUGGGCUUGGAGAUUCAAAAGGGCAUUGAGAAGUUGAAGGACAUGGAACAGAGUAAUGCGAGUUUAGAGGAGGAAGUAAGCAAGCUUAAGGAGGAAAUUGAUAGCCUCAACGAACAGAAUUUCUCUUCGGUAGCUAAGAUAAAAGAUCUGCAAGAUGAAAUCAUUUUCUUGAAUGAAACAAAGAGGACAAUUGAUCAUGAAGUGGAUGUCCAUGUAGAAGAAAAGAAAGUUCUUCAGCAAGAACUUUGCCACCUAGAAGAAGAUAGAAGUGAUCUGCUGCAGAGGAACCAAGGACUAAUGGAGCAAAUAAAAGCUGUCAGUGUUAAUGCAGAGUCCCUUCAAGAAUUGGUACUCAAGCUUAAGAAGGAAAAUGAUAGCCUAAAUGAACAAAAUCUCUCUUCUGCAGCUAAGGUAAAAGAUCUGCAAGAUGAAAUCAUUUUCUUGAAUGAAACAAAGAGGACACUUGAUCAUGAAGUCAGUCUCCAUGUAGAAGAAAAAAAAGUUCGUCAGCAAGAACUUUGCCACCUAGAAGAAAAUAGAAGUGGUUUGGAGCAGAGGAAUCAACUACUUAUGGAGCAAAUGAAGGCUUGCAGUGUUAAUGCAGAGUCCCUUCAGGGGUUGGUAAAGGAGUUGCAGAACGGAAACAUGGAGCUGAAAGAGAUCUGCAAGAAACAUGAGGUUGAAAAGGAACUUAUUUUGGACAAGCUAAAAGACAUGAAUCAGCUUUUGGAGAAGAAUGUAUUCUUAGAAAAUUCUCUUUCAGAUGCAAAUGUUGAGUUAGAACUGUUGAGACAGAACAUUGGAGCGCUCGAAGCUUCAAAGGAAUCUCUCAGUGGUGAGAUUUUCACACUUAAUGCUGAUAAGGCUUUGCUUGUUUCUCAGGUAGAGAUCCAUGCUAAGAAUGCGGAGAAGAUUUCAGAGAAAAAUACUUUCUUGGAGAACUCCGUGUCUGAUGUGAAUGCUGAGCUCGAAUGUCUCAGAACAAAGUUGAAGGACUCUGAAGAAUCCUGCCAGUCUCUCAAUGAUCAGAAUUCUACUCUUCUUGCUGAAAAACAUACUUCUGCCAACCAGGUGAAAAGUGUUACAGAGAGUCUGGAAUAUCUGGAGCUUAGGUAUGCGGAUCUAGAAGACAAGCACUCGAGUUUGUUAAGGGAGAAGGAUCUUAUACUCACUCAAGUCAAGGAGCUGCAAGAUCUAUUGAAACUAGAGAAACAAGAAUAUGAAACUUCUAUCCAGUCAUACAAGAGCCAGCUGGUCACUCUAGAAAACCAGAUCCAUUGCCUGCAAGAAGAAAGCCAUCUUAUGGAGGAGGAGCUGGAACUAGAAGAGCUAAAAAAUAUGAAUGCCUUACUUGACAUUUUCAUCUUGAAAAAAAGUUUGUGUGAUAUGAAAGAAGGAAACAUUAUUCUCUCCAAAGAAUGUCAAAAGCAUCUAGAGGCGUCUUCGUCUGCAGAAAAGCUAGUUUCACAACUCAAGCAGGAAAAUCUUGUCCAGAGAGGAGAGAUGAUGCUGCUAACAGAGCAUAAUGAGAAGCUAAAUGAAGGCAUAUGUCAGGCGGUGAAAACAUUUAGUAUCAACAAGGAUGCUGGAUCUGUAGAUGGAAUCAGUGGUGAAGUUGCAUUGCAGAAUAUGAUGGUUGACAUUACAAGAUUGCUAAACUGUAUUUCAGAUGCAGAGGAUGAAAACCGGCAUCUCCAUAUUGAGAUUUCAGUUCUUUUCACCCUUCUAAAGCAAAUAGGAAUGGAUUUGGCUGAUAUGAGAUGGGAAUUUCAUGUCAAAAUAGCAGAAUUAUUAAGUUUACAAAACAAGAAGCAUGAACUCUUGGAGAUGAAUGGAGAACUGAGGCAAGCCUUAAUGGCAAGCAACCAAAGGGAGGAACUACUGAAAAAUGAGAUGGAUAUUCUUUGUGGACAGCUAUCAGUUCUGCGAGAAUCUCAUCAGAAGUUGCAAACUGAAAUUUGCGAGCAUGUUGAAGAAAAUCAGUCUCUAUUGAAGGAACUUUACUGCUUGAGGGAGAAGCACAAUGAACUGGUUGAUGAAAACAGUGUUGUUCUUGCAGAGGCCAUGACACUGGAGCACCUCUAUUUCUUCUUCAGGAGUCUUGAUGCUGAGAGGAUGUUGGAGUUGAAGUUGUUGAGUGAUGAUCUGGAUUGCCUUCAAUUGGUCAAAAAUGACCUAGAUUAUGAGGUCAAAGAACUGAAUAAAAAAACAGGAGUAUUACUAGCAGAAAAUAUGCACCUUAAGGAAUCCAUCAUUUAUUUGGAAGAGUUGAGAAGUCAUUUACUGAUUUUAGAGUUUGACCUAAACACAGUCACUGGUCUUUUUGAAGAAUUGAAUCUUCAAAUUGAAUCGAUGAACAAUAUGUUGACACAAAAAGACAGGGAACUUUCAGAAGCAAAUCAGAAAAUUCUAUCCACAGAAGAAAAGAACAAAGAAUUAUCUACAGUUCUUGAGGCGCUUCAGCUGGAUAUUGUUGUGGCUAAGGCGGUAAAAGAGGAGCUAGAGAAAAAUAUCUCACUUUUAUCAGAAGGUAAUGUCUUUAGGGACAAGGAGAUUGCAUGCCUUACUGAAGCAAAUGAGAUGAUACAAGAGGAGAUAAAUAUACUGCAUAAAGAGGCUGAAGUGCUUAUAAGAAGGGAGGAGCAUCUGACUUCUGAACUGCAGAAAGAAAUAGAUGAAGUUGAGCACUGCAAAGGAGAAAUUGCAGAAUUAUUAAGUGAUGCUCAAACCUCUGCAGUUAGUGCAUCACUGUAUGAAGAAAAGGUAUUUGAGCUGAUUGUAGAAGGUGAGAGCCUUGAGAUUAGUGCCUUUGUGCAAAAAGAGAUGCUCAAUGAGGUAAUCACUUUAAGAAAUACAUAUAUUGGUCAGCUGAAGAAAGAACUCUUCGUCCUGGAGGGAGAAAAUAGAGGAUUAAAGGCUGAUCUGAAUGUGUAUUUGCCCCUUUUAAAGUCUUUAGUGGACAGUGUCACCUCUCUAGAAGAGCAUACCCUUUCACUGUCAAAUCUUCAUGCACAAAAGGAUCACAAAGAGCAGGAUAUGACUUUGAUGUUUCAUCAGCAUGAUGAGAGCAGUCAACUGAGUGAAGGCCAUGGUGCUGUGGUGCCUGCUGGAAUCCUAGUGAUGCCGAAGUUGAUUACCAAAGUUGACGCACUUAAACAGGUGAUUAUAGAUACUGGGAGUCUUUUAGAACAAGAAAAGUUUGCUUUCAUUGCUAACCUAGAGGGUAUGAGGAAAGAAAUUGAAGAGUUAAAAGCAGCUGCAAUCCAAGGGAAGGUACAAGAGGAUUCCAUCAGACAACCGAAUGAGGAUGAAGAUAUAGAUGAUGCUGAGUCUUCCAAGGUAAAGUAUGAGCAGAGAAUGAAAGAUAUUCAGCUGGACCAGGUUUCAAGUUCUUCACAACAUGGGAAUGGUGUUGGCUCAUAUGGUCUGAGUAGGAUCCAUGAUGCUGAAAUCGAUGAUCAAAUGCUUCAGUUAUGGGAAACUGCUGAAAGUGACUGCAAUGAUGGGACAUGGAAAGCAUCAUCAGUAGCUAUGGAGUAUGAUAUACAGGCUGUGGAGGAAGACAAGGGUGAAUCCCCUUCUUCUGAACUAGUGACUGAGAAAGAGUUGGCCAUUGACAAGCUAGAGAUACCCAAGAGAAUAUCGGAAUCCCAAGAAGAAUGGAGCAAGGGGGUCCUCGAAAGGCUGGCUUCUGAUUCCCAGAGGCUGUCGGUCCUUCAGACAAGUGUGGAGGAGUUGAAGGGGAAGAUGGAAAGCUCUCAAAAAGGGAAGCGACCUCUGAGUUCUGAAUAUGAUAAAUUCAGAGGACAAUUGGAAAAGGCUGAGAGAGCUCUAUUGGAGCUGAUUGAUAUCACAGGCAAGUUGACGAAGAAGGCCAAAGACUAUUCCGUUCCUUCUGAUGAUAUAGCUGUUGAAACUGAAGAAAUGGGGAAUGUGGGAAGAAGCAAAAUCUCAGAAGAGGCAUGGAGGGGAUCAGAAAGGAUUGGACGAUUGGAGUUGGAGCUGCAACAAAUCCAGUAUAUCUUGCUGAAACUUGAAGAAGAGCAUGAGAACAGCCGAAGUAAAGCUGCAGACAGAAGAGCCAGAGUCCUUUUGAGGGAUUAUUUCUAUGGAAGUAGAGACAGCCCUAGACAGAAAAAGAAAAGCCCAUUCUGUGGGUGCUUGAGGCUUAAAACCAAGGGUGACAACUAAUUUCCUGUGCUUUUAAUAAUAUGAGAAGUUCUUGUUUUCCACAGCAAAAUCUGCUAUCUUGGAAUGUACCCUUCUUUCUCAGGAAAGGGGUAUGGGUUCUCGAGCACCUCAUUUUCACUACAGUUUUACUCUAUAGUCUAUAGGCUAUUGUGAGAAUUUUUCUUGGUCAAGUCCCCUGCAUUCUGAAUUGCUUAGCUUAAGAGGAAGUGUAUAUGUUAGGCCUAGUUUAAGUCAGUUGAGCUUCUUAGUGAACUUUACCCUUUUUUUCUAGCUCUUGAUUUUUUUUCUUUUUUUAUGGCAUACAUUUUCUCAAGUCAUCAUCUGAACACCCAUUAUUAAGAUUUAGUAUGAUGUUCUGAAAGUGAAUGUUGCAGCUA